CCUAGCAUUACCAGCCAAAAGGAUCUCUUCAAAAUGCAAUGGGCUUCCAUUAAGGCUUUGGAGGGCAUGCAGCAGUGGUAGCAGCAGCAGAAAAUGGACUAACAUCAUUGCAUCUUGAUGGGUUUUAUUGCAGACAAAAGAAAAUGGGUGAAAAAAUGUGUCAUGAUUACUGAUUACUGUUGGUUUUGAUCAUUGACUACCUGACAAAAUUUCAGGGUUUUUGUUUUUUUUUUAAAAAAGACCUGUAGAAAUUUUCUCUAAGCUGGAUUGUUUUGGUACCAUUUGGGCUCACUAUUCAGAAGAUGUGGAUAUUUUGCACUGUUCUUUCUCUCCUGUGGGUAUUUGAUCUGAUCUUUUUUGCUGGCAAAGGAUAGACAGUGAGAAAGUGAAAAGGAGCCUUUCCCCUCCAAAAUCAAAACGAACAGAAGACUGACAGAGAAAGAGUACCAUUCUCCCACAUAGUGUAGUAUUUUUGUUUUUUCUUUGAAUUUUUCAUGUUAAUGGGAUUUUCUCAGUUUUUAUGAAUUUUAUACUGCCAUGUGAUGAACACUGGUGUUGCACAUGCACUUGGCAAUUCCAACGCUUUUUGAGGUUACUUCAAAAAAAACGAAAACCACAGUUUUGCUUUUCUGAAGAGAAUCAGGUUUCGGAUAAGAACAAAAGCAGUUUGGUUUUAUAAAUUACACAAGGCUCAGGUGUUAAGUGUAGGAGUGAGAGAGGAUACUGGCUUCAGUGUAAAGCCAAAGAAACCAAGUUCUAUCCCUGCUACAGAUCAGGUAACAAGCAACUGCUAGCAUUCAUCUGCUGAUCUCUUUUCUAAUCAUAAGACUGAAUGCUCUCAACUUCUUUCCAAUUCAAGUUCUCUUAUAUUUUUAUGAGAAAAGAUAGCACUGCUAAAGAUAAUGAAAGAGCCCAAACCUCAACUGAUACCUUAGCUUUUUCUCUAUCAGGAUAAAUUCUGAUUAUCCUAAUCUGAUAUACUUUAUUCUCCAGCCUACCCUUUGUUUGUCUUGUGGCCUAACUCAGUGAUCUGUCUGUUCACAUCCUUUUUCUGCAAAUCUUUGAUGUUGAACAUGCUAGAAACCAAGCUCUUCAAAUCUGUUCUCCCUUUCUGUAAAUUUUGUGUUGCACUCCUUGUUCCUUCUAUAGUUUUGACUAGUUUCAUUGGUUUGGGGUUCUGUUCUAUCCUUUUUACAAUCACAAUCUUGGUUUCAUCGACAAUUUUCUUGGUCACACUCACAAACAAGAAGAGAAGUGUGGUGGUUUUGGAAGAGAACCCAGUUUCCAAAGACCUGUCUGAGGGUGAAGCUGAAGAGAAAGUGUUGCAGCCAGUGAUAGAAAGUGUUCCUCCAGAAUCUAAUGCUGCUGCCCAAGAAGCUGGUAUUGGCAUCGUGCAUGAUGAUUUUCAAGUCAAAUCACUAGGAUCGACUUCAGACAGUGAAAGCAGUGAUGAUUCAGGGUCAAGUUCAAAUCUUGAUCUAAACUGGAUGAUCCCAGGUAAUAAUGCAGAACAAAAUCCUGAAAUCUCAGAUGAUUCAGUCUCAGCAGAUGAAGAAGAAGAAGAAGGGCUCAUUGAAAUUGCCAUUCCAGGCAAUGCUGAAUCAGAACCAAAAGUGGUACCACCACCAAAUCUGCAGUCCAACCUGCCACCUUUCUUGCCAGAAUCCAUUUUCAAGCAGCAGCAAGACCUUGUUGAUUUCUCGGCAGAAAUCAAUGAGGUAAAUGAGGAAGAAAAUCUAAUUGAAAUUGACAUUUCCAUUGGCUCCAUCAAAUGCCCAAGGUUUGAAAUUGAAGCUUAAAUUUUGAUCUCAACAGUUUGAUGUUUAAAUCUAGAAUUAAUUUAGCUUUUAGGCUUUUUAUUUGUUAUAUUUCAUUAUCAUGAACUUCCCUACCUUCUUUUUUGGCUAUAAACUUGGCUUUUUAUCAUGAACCUUAGCCUCCUUUUUAGAGCAUGUGUACUCUUUUUGACAAACACUAUAACACCAAAAGUAUGAACCAAUUUGACUUAUAUUGCAUUGGCAUAAUUGCUGUUGGUUCUCUUUUUCUCAUGGAAUGGAAUCCA